AUGGCUGGCUAUGUAAGAAUGGACGGUGUUAUGGAGCCAACCUUCCAUAAACUGGACAACUAUGGCGAUAUUAUUUUGGUCUUGGAUGAGCAGGAUGCUGCAUAUGAAGACAACGAGGAUUUCUAUACUCUAUUUGAGCUUCCUUCGCCUAUAAACGAGGAACAAAUUGAGGAGAACCUUCCAGACCCUUCUCUUUAUACAGCGAAGAAAGGUCGUAAGAAAAAGGCCUCUGGCAUGCUGCCUUGGGAGCAUCGUAUAGUCGAACCCGAGCCAGUAUUUGAAGUUGAACCUGAACCCGAGCCUGAGAUCGAACCUGAGCCAGCAUUUGAAGUCGAACCCGAACCCGAACCUGAGCCUGAGGUCGAACCAGCCCUUUACUGGCCAGGUGAGAGCCAGGAAAGGACGAACGCCGAGUUUCGUGCGCUGGUGGAUGGCAAUGAAGCGGACAAAGAUGAGUUCGAAGAGAUGGGCAUUCAGGCCGCAGAUAACUUGACUCCACACGGCCUAUCUCACUUAGUUCGAUUUCAAGUAUCCUCUAAACAUCUCACACUUGCUUCGCCUGCCUUUGAGAUAAUGUUGAAAAGAGUAUGGUCUGAGGCACACACCCUUAAUACCCAAGGAUCUGCAGAAUUACGCGCGCUUGGUACUACUUUGGAGGCUCUCCGCAUUUUUCUGAACGCUGUCUAUGGCCGCACGUAUGAUAUUCCAUGA